AAAUCUAUCAAGAAAUCGAAUAUAGCCCGAAAAAUAUGUACAUCGCCAUCUUUCUCGUGUUUCUCGUCCCCUUCUCUCGUUCCGUAAAUUUCCAACUUCCCCAGUUCGGUUCCGACGUGAGCCUCGUACUCCUCGAGGGCGAUGCCGAAAACUCCGUCGGGGAAAUCGAAUUCACCAACAUCGAUUACGUAUGUCGCGUGGGCCGUGUCAUCUACAACGGAAAAGUACCACUUUGGGACGACGACGACGACGACUCGAAAAAACUCGCGGAUUUCACCACACAUUUUUCGUUCACCGUCGACACACGGAACGCCUCAUCCUUCGGCCACGGCCUCUCGUUUUUCCUCGCGCCUUUGGGCUUCCAAAUCCCGCCAAACUCCGCGGGCGGCUACUUAGGCCUUUUCAACACCACCACCAUCAAUUCGAACCGGACACAAAUCGUUUCGGUGGAGUUCGACUCGUUUUCCAACGGAUGGGACCCGAAUUACACCCACGUUGGCAUCAACGUAAACUCGGUUACUUCUAUCGUAACAACACCAUGGAAUCUCACUCUAUAUAGUGGGAAACUUGCGGAUGCUUGGAUUAGCUAUAACGGCACCACGAGAAACUUGAGCGUGUCGUUGACCUAUGGGGGCGAGUCGAAUUCAAGCCUCUCUUACCUGAUAGACUUGAGAGAGGUUCUUCCUCAGUGGGUCACCAUCGGCAUCUCCGCCUCCACGGGGGUUAAUGUCGAACAACACACGCUCGGAUCGUGGGACUUCAGUUCGAGCCUAGACAUAAACGGGACGGAUGCAAAUAAUAACGCGAAAAUGAUCGGAUUCAUUGUCGGUUUAUCUCUGUCCGUAUGCGUUCUCAUUGCCGGGGGAGUGCUAGCGUAUGUCGUUUUGAGGAAAAAACGGAGACAUGGUUUCGUCGACAAAAACAAUCCGGAGGCGGCUAACUUGACAUCGAUGAAUGACGAUCUCGAGAGAGGAGCGGGGCCGAGAAGAUUUUCUUACAAAGACCUCGCUUCGGCGACGAGUAAUUUCUCAGACAAGAAAAAAUUGGGGGAGGGUGGAUUCGGAGGGGUGUACAAGGGGUACCUCAUCGACCUCGAUAUCCCGAUUGCCGUGAAGAAAUCAUCCAAGCAAUCCAAGCACGGGCGAAAGCAAUACAUAACCGAGGUGAAGAUCAUUAGCAUGUUGAGGCACCGAAACUUGGUGCAGCUAAUCGGGUGGAGCCACGACCAGGGCGAGUUCUUGCUCGUGUAUGAGUUCAUGCCCAACGGCAGCCUCGAUCAUCACCUCUUUGGGAAAAAGAGCAUUCUUUCUUGGACCCAAAGGUACAAAAUUGCCCUCGGGUUGGCCUUCGCUCUGCUCUAUCUCCACGAGGAGGGGGACCAGUGCGUGGUGCAUAGAGACAUCAAAUCGAGCAACGUAAUGCUCGAUUUGAGUUUCAAUGUCAAGCUUGGCGACUUUGGUCUAGCCCGACUCAUGGAUCACGGGCUUGGCCCACAAACCACGGGCCUAGCUGGGACAUUCGGCUAUAUGGCGCCAGAAUAUGUCAGCAGUCGCAGAGCCAGCAAAGAGUCAGAUGUGUACAGUUUUGGGGUUGUGGUGCUCGAGAUUGCCACCGGAAAAAAAUCGAUCGAUCCGUUGAAUGAGGAGUCGAAUAUAAGUUUGGUGGAGUGGGUUUGGGAAAUGUAUGGUAAUGGGGAGCUUCUUUCGUGUGUGGACGAGUGCGCGCGAGUCGAUUUCGAUACGAAACAAGCGGAGCGUUUGAUGAUAGUCGGGUUGUGGUGUGCUCACCCCGACUUUAGCCAAAGGCCGUCGAUAAGGCAAGCUAGCAGUGUCCUCAAUUUCGAAGCGGAUUUGCCCAAACUCGAGACCAAAAUGCCGGUGCCCGGGUUUAAUGCGCCUAACGUCCCGUUAGUUGGCUCGAGUGACGCUUCGAUUACUACCUCGAGUAUCAACGUGGGUCGAUAG